AAAGGUUGCUACACACGAUUCUUCUAUCUAUCGUCUUUGCUCCCAAGAUGUGCCUUCGUCUCCACAUUGACGCAUGCAUGCUAUAGUUACAAGCGUACGUACGUGGGAUUAGUGAGUCCAUGUGCCAUACGUACCUACCUACCGAUCAGAAGAAUCUUCUAUAAAUAGCUACACCCAUCCGCCUCCCGGCCAUCUGCUUCCGCGCCGGGCGCCGGCCUCGUAACCAUGGAGCUCAUGCCAACCGUCUUCUGCCUUCUCCUCCUCGUCCUUGCACAGGAUGGGGCUCGUGUGGAGGCAUGAGGCACACCUUCGGCUGAUCAGGGGUCAAAGAACCAAUGGUCCAGCAUGUUCGUCUUCGGCGAUGGCUUCGUCGACAACGGCAACCUCCCGGAGACCGACACAUGGCGUCAAUGGAGCUAUCCCUACGGCUCCUAUCUCAACUCCCGUGGAUCUGCGACUCCUGUUCCAACUGGGCGCCUUUCCAACUAUUGGAUUCAAUCUGACUUCAUCGCAAGGAUCUUGGGCCUCAGUGAAGCCCCUCCAUCGUACAGGCUCACGCCACAUCUAUCUUGCGACCCAUCUGGCAUGACCUUUGCUUUCGGCGGCGCUGGCGUCUACGAGGUGCCGGACAAGAAGGUGCCGACCCUUGCCACACAGGUCAAUGCUUUCACGAGACUACUCAAUGCUGGGGUCAUCUCAAAACAACAGCUUCAGAGCUCGGUCGCUCUCGUCUCCAUCUCCGGCAGUGACUACAUGACUGGUGCCAACGUAGAGAAUGCCUUCUUGAGUAGCUUCGAUGAUAUCGAUAGUUAUAUUGGGAAUGUGACGACCGAGAUUGCGAAGAACGUGGGGAGGCUACAGAGGCUAGGUGUGAGAAAGGUACUAGUGAACAACAUGCAUCCCAUUGGCUGCACGCCUUUGCGGACUAGUUCGAGCAACUACACGACAUGCGACCUUCUGGCCAACUAUGCCGCAACUGUGCACAACAUCAAUAUAGAACACCUAAUGGGCAACAAGAAUAAUGCCCACAUACUGGACCUCUACACUGCCUUCACCGACAUCGUCAAUCACGCCCCUGGUGAAGGGUCGGAGCAGUCAAACAAUUUCAAGCGCAAGCUGACACCUUGCUGCGAGGCUUCCACUGAGCUGGGGUACUGUGGACAGGUUAGCCCUUCAGGGGAGCGCCUCUAUGACCUAUGCAAGAAUCCUGACAAGAAGUUCUACUGGGACGAGUCUUACCCGACAACUGCUGGGUGGGAAGCUGUUACAGAGGCGCUAGAAGAACCUUUGAGGGAGUUCCUAGAUCGGGACUAUGUUCCAUGAUGCAUUUAUAGUUUAGGUUUAGCUCGAUCCAUUGCUUGUUGGUGCAGUAUCUUUUAGCUAGGUUAGCUUUAUAUAGAUAGUAUUCCUAUUUAGGAAGAAACUUUUGAGGUUUUGUUUCCUUGUGUUCCAUGAACUUUGGUCUAGUUGCCUUCAUGUUUUAAGAAAGAUAGUCCUAUUAUA